AAACCAAAACAAAGCACACGCCGAAAAUGAAAAAAAAAAUAUUUUUUCCGGGAGAUAAACGUUUAACGUACAAUAAUUCAAGUUAGUUUUUGUCAUAUUUUCCUAAAAAUAUGUGAUAUUUGUGCAACAUCCUAUUUAGCCACAGUUUUAUCUCCGGUGAAAUAAGAAAUCGAGAAAUCGUUAUAAAAGCUCAUUUUCUCUUAGCGAAAAAAUCAGAAGAGAAAACUUAUUUUCUAAUUGUGGAGCCGUGCCGUGCCAUUGGAGCAGUACUGCUGUACUCGAUCAUCUCUCAGAACGUUAGUUGAGAAUUGACCGCGGGAUCGUCCGGACACGAAAAUACGCAUUCACAAGAAAAGCCCCAACGGCUGAAUUUAGUAUUCAGGAAUUAGUACCAUAUAAGGAAGUACACGAUGUCGGACCAGAUUAGUGAUCCGAUCCGGAAGUGUGCCAUCAUACUGAAGGGGGCCAAAAAUGAUACAGAGAAGUUUGCUGCCUUGUUUAUGGUGACCAAACUGAUUAAAAGUAAGGAUUGCAAUCAGUCUGGCAAGCGGCUGCUGUUCGAUUCAAUUGGAUUCGAGUUUAUUCGACGGUUGCUGAGUAACAAAGAUGCUCCGGAUGCAUCAGCUUAUCAAAGUGUUGCUCUGUCGAUACUGAGUAGUUUCUGCGACGAUGAACAAUUGGCGACUCACCAGGAUAUGCUCGAUAGUAUCCCAGUGUUCCUGGGAAUUGUGUCCACAUGCGAUGACGAUGAGUACGACGAUAAUUUGAUUGUGAUCAACGAGGCGUACCACUGUCUGCAGAGUAUUGCAGCGUACGAAGUUGGACGGGAAGCACUGAAGAAACAUGGUGUGGUUAAAAAGAUGGCUCAAGUUUACACUCAGCAAAGUUUCCAAAUUGAUGAGGCUCUAACGUUGAUUGUGACACUAGUUAGCCAUUUCGGUCCGGCAGCCUGGGAGGAUGAUCCAACCUUGUUCCAUGCGCUGUUGCAACGAGUUUCGUUGGAUUUCGAAACCGAUCAUGCCGAAAGAAAGUUUGAACUAGCUGAAAUGAUAACGGUUCUGUUGUUUACGUGCAGAAAAGAAUUGGUUUCAAGAACCGUUUCUGGAGAAAUUUGGCCGGAAUGUUUGUACAAAGGAGUGACAGAUAUUCUUAAAAGUAAAAUUGGGAAAGCUCAACGAGAUCCAACACUCAAGUUGACCGCAAAUAUUUUGGAAGUUUUGGGCAUUGAGUGGACUCUUAGCGACCAGGAUUGUCCAAAGAAGUUCUUCCUGCUUCUGUUGCAGCUAGCAGCUAUUGAGGUUCGCAUGCAAAUGGAAAACAAAAGUUUCAAUCAGGUGCUCCUUCAAGGUGAUCUCAUUACGGCUUGUUUCAUCAUCUUGGAACUGUCGAUUAACUUCAUGUCCACUGAUCAGUUGGAGUUAGAGCAGAAGGAAAAGCAACAGGUCUAUACCGGAUUGAAAGGGGCCUUCACCGCAGUGUUGUCCGUAUUUACCAAGCUUUCAAACGAAACCAGAAAGGACAAACUACAGAAAAAGGAGAAAGCAUUUGCUUGUGCCAUGAUUCGCGUCCUUUGCGCUUGGAUGGCCCAAGAAACCUCCGCUCUAAAGGCCCAAGUUUUCAAAUUGAUACCAUUCAUUUUUCAACUCGCGAAUGAAUCAUUUUACGAAUCCCGUGAUCACCGUAUCAAAGCUAGGACUGAACCUACACGUGAGCAAGCACCGGCGGAUGUUCUCCGCGUGACACUCCCGGCAAUGUGCCAUCUGGUGGUGGAAGAGGAAGCCCGAAAAAUCUUCCUCAAAGAAAAGGAAGAACAGGUCCUGUACGAUUGUUUGCUUUUCCAUUGGUCGAUCGCUCACUACAAGAAACCUCCAGUUCCCCGUGCUGAGCGUCUCAAGCGCAUGAACGAACCGGACCCGGAACUGACUCAGCAACAGUUGGAUGAGAUGAAAGAUUCCCGAACGGCCAUCAUCUCACUGUGUAACAUUUUCAUGAACAUCACGGUGCUGGAACCAAAACUAGUGGAGGAGAGUGCUGUGUUUGCUCAGAUGCUUCGAUUUAUUUUCGACAACCUACCGGAACUGAAGGAUACCCCUGAAAAUUUAGUCCUACAUGGCCAUUUAGCCGUUCUCGGAUUACUACUGUUGAAGCAACAGGCAUCGAAGAUAAAAAAGAAUGAUUUUUCAAUCUGUCGCUAUAUUCAGACUACGAUUCGGUUCCUGUGGGACGCGUACAACAUCGAUGAAUCCAAUGAUCCCCAGGCACUGGUGGUUUCGUUAGCCUACAAGGAAUACUGGUUCGAAAUAAUGGAACUGUGGUUCCUCGGAAUGCAAACCAUGAGCGGCAUCAUAAAGCAGAUUCCGUGGAUCUCCGAAUUCGCAGUCGAAUCCGGUUGGGCCGCCGGAAUCAUCGAAACACUUCGGAAGGUCAAAAUAGGAACGUUGCCACCGAAUGUGAAACUGGCAUACGAGGACUUCCUGUCGCAACUGGUGGACGCACAUCCGUCCGUUGCGGGCGUACUGAAGAAAGCCGAUGCACUGAAGGUUUGCCGGAAUCAUCGAAUGAUGGAACUGGGCAAGAAACUUUUCGGCGACUAAACCCUCAACGGAUCGGCGUUUGACGAGUAGUGCUGGUGUUUGAUACGAAUCCGUUUGUAUUAGUGUUUUGCUCCAAUUUGAAAGUCUGUGUACGUAAUAAACAUGUAGCGAUUUUUUUAUUGUCAAAUACAAUUUUACGAGUUUUUCUGAAUUUUCGAAAAUCAAGUCAUGCCUCCAGCCGUAGCUACGACGAAAAUUGGAAAAUUACGCACAAAACCGAGUUCCUAACUCUCGCCAUGCCAUGUUCUUUUCUUUGUGGGCCGAGUUUCGAAACAAGGAAAGAGCGCACAA